UAACACUCUCCUGUUUUAGCAGUAGUUAUCUGCCCUUAGGCUGAGUUAUUCUGAUUGUUUUUUCCUGUAAUUAUUGUCUUGAUUUUUAAAAUAAUUUAAACCUCAGAAAUGGAGAAAGAGGAAGAAAUUACGCAAACUGUGGUGGACGAUCAAUUGGACAAGCCGAAAUCUCACAAACUUUCUAAAUCGCGAUAUAAAGCGGAAAAACGUAAAAAUAAAACAGUGCGUCACCUGGAGCACGUGGUUUUCGGAGACGAAAGUUUGGUUGUUGACCAAAUUGAGAAGAAUUUUCAACCAAAGAAGAAAUCCAAGAAACACAAGGUCGCUGAAAAUGAUGUUCCGGCUACCAGAAAAGCUGCUUGGGAAGAUUUGGACGACGAGGCCGAAUAUGAAAACAACGUGACUGUUGUGAGAGCUUCGCAUCAGCUUUCGUUGGAAACACCAAAAUGGGCGAAAUUGAAGAAUUCAGAGAAACGAAAACGUUCGUCAAAACAGACGAGUGAUUCCGACGAUGAUGAAAAUCUCGAUGACAACCGUAUUGGACUCUUACAAAGUACCGGUAAUUACUUAUCCAAAUCGUCGUCUCUUUCCAGCAUCACCAUCCAAUUAAAGAAAUGCACAGAUGCAAAUCGUGACAACCCAAGCCAAUACCUGACGGCCUCGGAAUUCCACCCGAAAUCCACCGUUCUUAUGACGGCUGGCAGAAAGUGUCGUUUCAACCUUUUCCAAAUCGAUGGAGAAAGGAACCGGAAAAUUCACACGAUUUUUGUCGAUCGUCUUCCAAUAAAACACAGUCAUUUCAGCCGUGAUGGUCUUCAGAUCGUUUUAAGCUCUGGAUACAAUUAUUUCUCUUAUUUUGAUAUGGAGUCAGCCAAACUCAUCAGAGUUCCACGAUUUAAUUCCUUGGAUAACAACCAAUUGUCGGACUUUAUUCUCUCACCCGAUGGCCGUUACAUAGUAUUUCUUGGACAGUAUGGUUACAUGCAUCUAGUCUCAUCAAAUUCCAAAGAAUAUCUUACGAGUCUUAAAAUGAACGGGAGCGUGGAUGCGGCAGCUUUCUCCAAAGACGGCGACAGAAUGUUUUCCUUCGGAAGUGAUGGUCAGGUUUACGUUUGGGACAUGAACAGUCGGUGUUGUAUUCACAGAUUCUACGACGAUGGUUGCGUUAAUGGUACGGCUGUCAGUGUGUCGCCCAACUACAAAUAUUUAGCCUGUGGUUCGGAUUCAGGCGUGGUUAAUAUUUAUGAUGUCGACACGUGUAUGGCUUCGUUAACUCCUCGGCCUCAAAAGGCUAUUAUGAACCUCACCACAGAAUGUGAUUCAUUAUUGUUUAAUCAUUCUAACGAAUUCCUUGCUGCAACUUCGAUCCAUUCAGAAACAGGUGUCAAAUUGAUUCAUUUACCUUCCAUGACUGUUUUCAGAAAUUUCCCCGAUUCUUUAGAUACGGACGUAACAUAUCCCCGGCACCUGGACAUUUCCCCAAAUAGUGGUUAUUUAACUAUUGGUAAUAAUAAAGGACAGGCUUUACUUUACAGAAUUAAGCACUUCGGAAAUUACUAAACAUAUAUUUUUAAAGAAAGAAAAUUGCCUUUUAUAACUCAAAUUUUACCCAGAUUUGAUCAAUUAAAAAUAUUUUGUUGAAACACAA